AUGGACAGGCCCAUCAGCAAGCUGCUGGGGAAGCUGAAGCUGAGCGACGCCGCCAGCGUCAAGUUCAACAGCUCCAAGAAGAAGCAGGACUCCGCCGGCAACGCCAACAACAACAGCAACGCCAACGGCAACGGCGCCCUGCCGCCGCCGCCAUCGCCGGCGGCCAUCGCCCCGCCCUCCAGACCCGGCCAGUUCUCGCUUGCCUCUGCAACCACAAACGAUCCGUGUGCGUCCGGGCGAGGAGGAGGAGGAGGAGGAGGAGGAGGAGGAGGGGGAGGGAUCCUCCAGGCCCCGCCCACCUCCUCCCCGGUGGGCGCCGUCCCUCCAGAUGGCGAGCAAACGCUGAGCGCCCUGCCGCAGCUGCGGCGCCCGCCCCCCCAGCAGCGGGCGUCCUGUUACCAUGGCGACGGUCCGGAGGCCCAGCCGAGGCGCGACCCGGGCCCGGAUCCCGACCCGCCCGGUUCCCGCGGCGCCCUCGGCCAACGCCGCUACUCCCUGGAGCUGCAGCAGCUGGUCCGCCGCCGCCAGCUGCUCUCGCAGCCGCCGCCGCACUCCGUCCCGCCGCCGUACGCCGCUGCCGUCGCCGCCGGUUACGGCUCCGCCCCCCGCGGCGGCGGCGGCCAGGCGGAGCCCGCCUACCUGCCCGAGCCGGAACGCCACAAGCGGUUCUCGCUCCAGGAGGCCCUUUUCUACAAACGCAUGAGUUCGGGCGGCGAUCUGUGGGAGAGCGCCCGGCCGGCGUCCCUGUCCCACCCCCCCAAGGCCGGGCUGCACGCCGCCGCCGUCGCCAUGGCGCCGCCCACGCUCAGCCCCUGCUCCUCCUUCAGCCUGCAGGAGUCGCUGCUGGUCAGCCCGCGGUCCAGCUUCGCCUCCAGCACGGCGAGCGGCGGCGGCGGGGGCGGCGGCGGCGGCGGGAGCCCGAUGGGCAGCCGCUGCAGCAGCAACCGCACCAGCGGCAUCAGCCUGGGAUACGACUCUCGCCACUCAGGCUCCGCCCCCCCCCAGCAGCCCGGCGGCGGAUACGGCCUCCCGCCCGGCGGAUACGGCGCCCCGGGCCGGGCGCCGGCGACCCCCGUGGAGGUCUGGACCCACUACCUGGAGGCGGGGGGGUGCCCGGGGCUGUACGACAGCCGCCACUCGUACCCGCCCGCCGUGGGCAGCCCGGCGGCGGCGGCCUGUUGCCGCGGCGCCCCGGACUGGUGGGAGGAGCAGCCGGGCGGCGCCGCGCCGGCGGAGCGGGCGCGCUACUCGGACCUGCCCGGCACGCGGUACCAGGAGGAGCUCACCCGCCUGCUGCUGGAGGAGGGAGACCGGCUGCGCGGCCUCCAGGGGGCGCUCUGCAGACCCGGAACGCCGGCGGCGGCGUCUGGAGCUCCGGUUAAAGAAGAUGGCGGCGCCGGAAGGGAGGCCGGAGAGAACCGGCUGGAGUUCUUUGGGUGUGUCUCCCCCCCCCCGUGA